CUCAGCCCAGGGCAGAUUCACCUCUACCGCAGGUUCAGAGCCUGCCGCCCAGCGAGACAGACGGGGACAGGGCCCGGGCGCUGGCCGGCCCGUCGGGCUGAUAAUGCCGCGUGUGUAUUUGCCCCCCUCCCCACCUAAGGAGUCUGGCCACAGGGCCCUGCUGCUGCACUUGUGGCAUGAAUCACUGCCCCACAGCGCUGGGGGGAAACACCAGACCAAGCACACGGGGGUGUAAUUGUAAAUAUACUGGGCAGCACUGAUACAAGCACCCCUCUGAGCAAUAUCCUACAACUGUCCAGCAGUGGAACAGAGUGACUGCAUCCUGGAGCAACUUGCCAUCCUGGAAGCCAUGGAGGAAUGUCCUGAUUUAGUCCUAAGUGAUGGUCAGGAUCUGGUCCAUGAGAAAAAAAACUUCAGCAGAAAAACUAAGCUACCACCGAUCUCAUCCUGAGUCCACAAUGGGCAGGUGAAAGCAGUUUUCUGUCUGAAGACCAGCUCCUGUUCACAAUAAUUAUGGCAUCAGAGUAAAAACUGCAACACUGGAAUGCAUGGCUUUCCAGGCAAUAUGACAGAUGGGAUUUCUCAGAAGGGAUUUGAAGAGCGAAAGGUGCUGGUUUCAUGAAUGGGAAUUGGAAGAUUGUCCCGUGCAUUAGGACGGCAGAUACUGUGAUCUUGGAAUUAAUUGAAGGUGCAGAAUUUAUACUGACCUCAUGAAAUUGACCUCACAAAGGAAGUUCCAGUACACUGGAUGGGAUCUUUGUCACCGUUCCCUGGGGAAUUAGCAAAAGAAAGUGAGCCAUAAGACUACAGAGCUUGCUAGUAUCCAGGCUGGAAUUAACUCAAAGACUGCUUUAAUAAGGAGAUAUGACUAUAAAUAUGGUAUGCAUUGAAGAGCACAAUCUGGAUCAGAACUUGUUUCCAUUUGUUUACAUCAUUGUGUUUGUGAUCAGUAUUCCUGUCAAUUGUGCAUCCCUCUGUGUAUCUUGUAUACAAGUGAGGAAAAAAAACGAGUUAGCGAUAUACCUCUUCAGUUUAUCCUUAGCUGACCUCCUAUACUCUCUGACCUUGCCUCUGUGGAUUGAUUACACUUGGCGUGGAGAUAAUUGGCGAUUUGCUCCUUGGCUUUGCCAGAUUUCCGCCUUCCUUAUGUAUAUGAAUUUGUAUACUAGUGCUGCCUUCCUCACCUGCAUCUCCCUUAAUCGAUAUCUGGCAUUAGUUUACCCUCUCAGAUUUCAACACUUGCGCACAAGAAGAUUUGCCUUGCUUGUUAGUAUCUUUGUUUGGAUUUUGGAAACCAGCGUGAACUGUAUAAUUCUGGUGAAGAAAGAUACAUUUACAGAAGUUUGCAAUUCCACUAAACAUCUCCUAUGUUAUGAGAAACAUCCUUUAGAAUAUUGGCAAGCCAUAGAAAACAUCUUCCGGACCUGUUCAGGAUACAUGAUCCCUUUGGCAGUCAUGCUGUUUUGCUACCAACAAAUCUACCAAGCUGUGAAGCAUAAUCAAGCCACAGAAGACAGAGAAAAAAAGAAAAUCAAGAAGCUGCUAUUGAGCAUCACCAUUACUUUCUUCUUUUGCUUCACUCCCUACCAUGUUGUGUUGCUGGUUCGCAGCAUCACUGAGUCAGACUUUAGCCAAUCUGCCAGUGUGCUUAAUGAGACAAACAGUAGCCAAUCUGCCAGUAUGUUUAAGGCUUAUAGAAUCACACAGGCCUUAACGAGUCUCAAUUGUAUUGCUGACCCAAUACUGUACUGCUUUGUGAGCGAAACUGGGCAAAAGGAUAUCCUGAACAUGCUCAAGUGCUGCUUUGGUGUGCGGCAAUCUGAGUUACAGCAGCCAAAAGAUAUCACUAUGACUAGUAGCAUUACAAAGAAUGCUUCAGUAGUGACAAUGAAGUUAGCAACAGACCUUUAGGUGAAAAUGAACCUUUGCAAUAUGCCCCAAUACAGUGAACCGUGAAAGAAAUAUAUAAUUGAUGAAACAGGCCGAAUUCUUUCCUUAUAUUUACAUCCAAGAAACACCACUCAAACUGUAUAGUAUCAAAAUAAUAUGAAAUCAGUGGAGUUGCCUAGGUGUAACUGAGAGCAAAAUACAGCCAUUAUAUUUUAUUGCUUUGACUAUAAAGAGCAAGUGUAUGGUCUAGUGAUUUAAAGGUGGUGGAUGGGAGAUAGGAUCAGGACUGGCUUGUGAGCAAUGUGAGUGGGGGCUUCGCUCUGAGCCCCCCGUAAAGGGCAGGGCUUCAGAUGAAAGGGAUGGGACUAGGGAGCAGUCAGCUCUCAGUGCCGCCUGGAACUCUGGCAGAGAUUUAAAGGGCCCAGGCUCCAGUAGCUGCUGCCCCAUUGAUGGUACUGGUUAGGACUCAUGGGUUUUAUUACUGAAAGAUCUAACAAGGAUUCAUUGUGAGACCAGGGCAAGUCACUGAAAUCAGUGAAAUUGCACCAGCAUGGAACUGUCAUUGUCCUAACCGGUGAAAAGCAAAUGCAGAAAUCAAACAGGAAUAAAGAUUGUAGCUCAUCCUGUGCUGUGAGGCUGAUAAUUUAACUAAGUGGCCCCCACAAAAUUGGCCCUUUUGUCUUAUUCUAUACACCUUCAACCAGGCAUGCAUGCUCUCACAAAGAAAAAGUCAGAAACAUUAGAAAUCUAUUUGCCUUCCAAUUUUAAUAUACAUAUGAAGAUUGUGGGGAAGGGAUCCUAUCAUGGGAUUUUUUUAAAUACCUGGUCUUUUGAUACAAACCAUAUUUCAAAGGCAAAAAGCUUAUGAAUUCCAGGGAUAAAUCUUACAAUUAUGACUGGAAUUAUACUGCCAUAGCCAGACAGAGUAUCACUGUACAGGGAACUCAUUCUUGCCAACCUUCUAAUGUGAUGGUGUAAUUUUAACAAGGUUUCUAGGAGCCCCCAAUGUCUUCAGCAACCUUUUAAACUGAUGUAAAUUUACACAGGCUUGCCAAAAACCAAACUUGUCUGCUUUCACUUUUGUUAAUAUAUCUGCUCUCCCCUUUUGAGAUGGUUUUAUUAUAAUUGGAAGAUUCAGCUUCAGAUUCUUAAAAGUUAAUUAUUCUUGAAACACACGUAGAACUCACCUUGGUGCAACUCUGUUGGAAUUAUUCCUUCCUUACAGUGUGGUUCAGUGUCUCCAGGACACAAAGAGGCACAGAAAUAGAGACAUAGCACAAGAAAAGCUUCAACUGCUAAUCCUCAUGCUAUUCUUCUCUUGGGGUUAAAAUAAUACAGGGCCAGACUAUGCUCGUGGUUAUAAUGUAGUAAAGCCAGUGUAACUGGGUUUACACCAGUUCACUGAGAAUCGAUAUUUGUCCACAAUACAGACUUCAGUGUUGGCAGUCUGGACAAAAAAAAGUAAAAAAAAACCCUUUAAAAAAACUAUACAAAAACCUGAAUCUAGCAGUAACCUGUGGAACAGGUACUAACUAUGGACUUGGCUCCAUGUUGUGCUGAGAGCCUCCUGUGACAUCUACCUGAAGGUGAUAUUUUUUAGAUCUCAGAAAACAGGAGAUAUUGUAUUAAAAAAAAUCACCCCAAAACCAAUAACUUCACUUUUUGACUGACAAUUUUUAAUCAUUUGGUUUUGCAGCAACAUCAACAACAACAGAGAGAAAAAAAUUGCACAGAAAGCAAUGUCAGCUCCAAACUAAACAAAUACAAUUUUUUCAGUCUUCUCUCAUGUUUUCUAGAUCUUUACUACUUUUUGUUGCUUUUCUCUGGACUUUCUCCAAUUUGUCCACAUCUUUCCUGAAAUUUGAUUGAUCAAUCAAUAGAUCGAUAGAUCAGUAGAUAGAUAGAUAGGGACUUGGGCCCCAAAAAGCUGUCUGGGGGUGGGUCUUCAUCUUAGCAUCUGUUCCACAAUUUCUUUUUGCAUUUCAAUUUGAUUCUUCCACCAUAACUUUCUUUUAACUUUUUAAGUUGUGGGUAUGAUUUUACAAUUGAUAAGAAAAGGACAGUAUAGUGCAGGAAGCAGCACUGUCCAUUGCUUCAUCAAAGUGCUCAGAGCUGGCAUGGGAACAUGAUGGGUUUCAUAAGUGAACAAGAAAUUUCAUCACCCUGCAAGAAUUAAAAAACCUCCACUGUAUUUGCAAUGAUGUGCAUAGUUUUGAACAAAUAUCAGCGGCUGACUUCUGAAAAGAUCAGCUAUAGUAUUAAAACAGUAUUAAUAGUAUUAAGAAGUACUGUUCUUUUGUUACUGUCCAGCUUUAUAAGUUGCUAUCUGAAAGAGAACAGCCUUGCUGCAAUGCCUUAGCCUGUAAACAAAUUUCAGUGCAUAUUGGAAAAGGUUAGAAAAGGGAAAGCCACUGUAACACUCAUUUGGCAGCAAGGCAGCACCAUGUUGGUUGCAGCAUGGAGUAGUAUUCCAGUGGGAUUCGGUUCUGGUUUUAGCCUUCCUGUCUCUCACUUGGAAAGUCACCAAAGCCCUAAUCCAGCGCCGAGUUCUGCACAGGUGAAUCUCUGCAUUCACAUGGAGUCCCACUGACUUCACCAUGGUGCUUCCCAAGGGCAGGUGGCCUGCCCCUGUAGGUCUCAGUGCAAGAUCUCCAUGCCUCUGUUUGCUCAUCUGUAAAAUGCUGGAAAUGAGUCUCCCCAUGCUUUUUCAAAGUGCUUUGCAAUGGACAGCACAUUAUAAUCAUUCUGUUGUUGUAAAUGUAAUUCUUGUGUUAUAUUUUUUAAAGGGUGGGGAAACAAAACAACGUCAGCCUAAACUUAGCCAAAUUUAGCUUUGGAAUAAAUAGACACAUCUAUUCAAUGGAGUUAGAGCCAAACUCCUUACAACAGGGUUGCUAACGGGAGGGACAAAAGGGGCAGUUGCCCCAGGGUCUACUGAUUUAAAAAAGUCAGGGGUUCUGUGCUGUCACCACUGCUACUGCAACAGCAGCAUCCAGAGCUCUGGGCCAUUUAAAAUCAUCACCAGAGUCCCAUGCAGUGCUGUCCACCUGGCAAUGAGGGCUGGCUGCCCUUAGCCUUGCCCCUUCUUCCCAAGGCCCCACCCCUACAGGGCCUGGAGCAGAGCUCCUGCUCACAUUGUAUAGAGCCCAGCAAAGUCUGUCCUCAGCCCUGCUUUACAAUAAGCCUGAAUUGACCCUUAGCUUUUACAAGCCUUUAAUUUCCCCCAAAGCGCAGCCUAAGGGCUUUAUCCAGUGCUACUUGCAUAGUCACGAGUAUAUGUUUUUACAGAAUGACCUCCAAAAUUGAUUAAAUUUUCCAAGUUCUUUUGGAGCUAUUUGGAAAUAAAGAAAAGAUGCAACUGUGCUUAAAGUAGGCAUAGGUUUUUGGGGAUUUUUAAGGGAGCCCGCAGAACUCAGGAAUCCAAUUGCCACUGAAUUUCAAUAGGAUUUGGGUGCCUAAUUCCCUUAGGAACCUGCUUUGUUGACAGUCACAGUGUCUUUUCCUAAGACUGACUUCCAGCUCCAAAGGCGCUUUGGAAGGUGAAGAAUGCAAUGUGUUAUACCUAAACAUCAUUGAUGUAUUUGUCUAAUAGUAUUACAAGCUAAAAAAAUGUAUCGGGAGAGAAAAUGCAUUUUUCUACUUUAUUCAAUGUCUCUAAGUUUGUUCACCUUAGAUAUGGCAAGUUGGCCUGGGGAGCUUUCACAUGGCAAUCUAGGGGUGGGUAAUGUUGUUUAUAUUUACAUAAGAUUAAAUGCCAAUAUAGAAACAACUAAGAGAAAAAUCCUCCCCCAGGACACACACACUGCAUACUUCGUACCCAUUCCACAGAUUUUUCUUCUUCUAACCACCUGUAUGGGGGCCACUCUACCAGUUCUUCUCUUUUCCAUUCUGUCUCAAAGCAGUUUCUCAGAAAUUCUGCGCCUAGUCGAGUCCUUGUGUAUAACAUCCAUCCAUCUAGUUUUGGGUCUUCCAGAUUUCUCUUACCCUUCACUUCUAAGUUCAACACCUGUUUCCUAUAUAUUGUUCUGAUCAUCUUUUCAGAUAACCAAACCAUCUAAUACUGAGAGAAUUCAGGCUUUCUGUAAUUGCUAUCACCUUCAUGCUUCCCUUCAUUCAUUCAUUCCAAACAUGGUCCAUCCUUAACUCCAAGCAUUCAUGUUAACUAUACUUACCCAGACUGCAGACUGCUAUUGCACAUUCUUCAUUAGGCUGCUGAUGGCAGUGAAUUCACAGAAUAAGUGCAAAUCCAAGUGGAUAAUUUUAUCUUAAGCAGGGAAAUUCCUCCUAAUAGACAAAAGGCCCAUAAAAUUACAAGGCAGAACAAUGAAGUGGGCUGAAUACAGGGUAAAGAAUGAGCAAUGUAUGAAUUCUAAUCUCAGUUAUUUUAGAGAGACUUGGACAUAGCUUUGGCGCAUGUGACAUUGAUAAUACAUGGUCUCAGAUAAGUCACUGAACUGAACUUUUCUUCAUCUCGGUUUCCCAAGCUUCUGCCUAAGACAGGGCUGGCCUUACCAUGAGGCGAACUGAGGCAGCCCCCUCAGGUGCCAG